CCCGAGCCCGAUCGCGCUCUGUUAGUACCGGACGCCGCGCCAGCCGACAACGCGACGGCGGCGGCAGACGUCGCCGAGUUGGUCGGUCGACUGAACGAACAACAGCGGACGAUAUACGAUCGCGUCAUGCGGGCGGUCGGCGACACCAGGCGUCGAUUGCCCAAGUUGUUCUACGUUUCCGGAGCCGGAGGUUGCGGCAAGACCUUCCUGUACAACUGUUUGAUUUCGGCCAUCCGGAGCCGCGGAGGGACCGUGAUUUCCGUGGCCUAUACCGGGAUAGCCGCGUCGUUGAUCCAGGGCGGACAGACCGUUCACUCUACGUUCGGCGUGAGGGUGGCGCCGCACGAUCAAGAAGACCCGUCGUAUCUGGCGAUGCAAUCGAGGAAAGCGCAGGCUCUGCGCGCCGCCUCGCUGAUCGUUUGGGACGAGGCGUCCAUGUCGCCCACGUCGCAGCUGCGGGUCGCCGACAGGUUGCUCAGGGACGUCAUGAACGUGCCGGACACGCCUUUCGGCGGCAAACCCGUGCUGUUCGCCGGCGACUUCAGACAGACGUUGCCCAUCGUGAAGCGCGGUUCGCGGGCCCAAAUCGUUUCGGCCACCAUACGGCACGGUGUUUAUUGAGUCUCGAUGGGAAAAUACUCGCUUGAGCGCAACAUGCGCGCCGACGGCGACCGACCUUUCGCCGAUUG